AGUUGGUAGCUCUGAUCUGAUCCGACACUGCACUACGGAGGACUCAGCGCUGCCCUUACGGAGGGAGGGAGGUCCAUAGGGGAGGUCUGGUCUGCAUACAUACACGAGAGGGUGUGACUAUAUUACAGCUCGGGUUACAGCAGGCAAAGUGACACUCCUGUACAGUUGGUGGCGGUAUACUACAAAAGUAGUAAUCUGCCAAAAAACUAAAAGAAGAAGAAGAGGCAAAGUGACCAAAGUGACGCAUUCGCUACUCACGCUCACACAGCGCUGUUAGUCCUCCGUAGUGCAGUGUCGGAAGUUCAAGAAGACAUCAGAGCCACCAACUGCUCCCUAUAGUCCUAGCGUCGAGGAAAUACUCUAAAUAUAUAUAUUAUUAUAUUAUACUGUCAGAGAGAACCGUGUCGGGAUACAGAGACUGCAGCAGAUCGCCUCUCUCUCAGCUCUCAUGGCUCCAUUUCUGCUCCUGUUGAUCCUUCUGUCUGGAGCAGCUUCAGACCUGAUUGAGGUAACAGUGCACCCUGGAGAUGAUGUCAUCCUGCCAUGUCAGGCUGUUGGUUCCUCCAUCAGAGUUGUGGAGUGGACCAGACCUGACCUGAAGCCAGAUACCCUCCUCUAUUACAGAGAUGGACGCUUGACUCCAGAUGACCAGCAUCCAUCCUUUAAGGACAGGGUGGAGCUGGUGGACAGAGAUCUGAAGGACGGAGAUGUGUCUUUAAUUCUGAAGAAUGUGAGAAGACACGAUGCUGGAACAUACGAGUGUCGAGUUAAAUCCGGUGAUACUGACCCAAUCAGACUCAUCAGAAUCAUCCAUCUGCAGGUUAGAGACCUGACUGUGGUAACAGUGCCUGGAGAUGAUGUCAUUCUGCCAUGUCGGGCUGCUGGUUCCUCCAUCAGAGCUGCAGAGUGGACCAGAGCUGACCUGAAGAAACCAGAGUAUGUGCUCUUCUACACCGAUGGACACCUGGAUGCAGCCCACCAGCAUCCAUCCUUUAAGGACAGGGUGGAGCUGGUGGACAGAGAUCUGAAGGACGGAAACGUGUCUUUAAUUCUGAAGAGUGUGAGCAGCAUCGACAACGGGACAUAUGAGUGUAGAGUUGCACCAGGUGGUUCCAGACGUAAAAAGAGAUCAAUCCUCAACUCUGAGCCAAUCAGAAUCAUCCGUCUGCAGGUUAGAGAGCCAGCAGGUUCUAACAGCGGACGCCACGAGGAUGAAAUCUCCUCUCCUGUAGGCCGAGACCAUGGACUGGCAGCAGCUGUUCUGGUUCUUGUAGCUGCUGCAGUGGUUGGUGUCCUGAUGUAUAAAAGAUGUAAGAACAAGAGACCAGGACAACCUGAAUGAAGCAUCAGCUGAUAAGUUCAUCUGACAACUCGGAACAAAGCUUCUGUUGUUCUUUGAUAUUUGUAAGGGUUAACCCAACGGUGAGGUUGCCUCCGCUGAAGACCAUUAAUACCUCACAAUGGACACCUCGAAGGGCAUUAACUCGCUCAUACCAUGGUCAUGUUGGUUUCCUAUUCUACAACAGGACCUCCUUCACUCAUGCUGCCAAACUCACCUUGGUGAACAUGACAAUUUUACCAAUUCUCGACUUCAGUGAUGUCGUUUACAGAACUGCCUCAAACUCUCUCCUGAAAACACUGGAUGUUAUUUACCACAGUGCCAUAC